GUAUCUCAUCAAGCACUUUUCCCCGGACCCUAUAUAUUCUCUCCACAGACCCUCCAUCAACGGCCCUGUGUGCGAGAAUAAAGCCAGAGUCCCAUCAUCUCCAAAGGUUUUUUUCUGUCUUCACAACAUCGAUACCCACUUUUACCCUUAUUAUAUAUAUAUUAGCAGGAGCUUAUUUCCACGUCGAGUAACCACUACCCGGUUUUGUCUACGCAAGCGUCGAAUGAGCAUCGAUCUCAAAGGCAGCACGCCAGGACUACCACCUACCGUCAUUGACGAUGAAUCACGCUCGGUCGCGGAAGCCCGUCUGAGGGGAGCGACGGCGCAAGACGAUGAUCAAGCAGAGGUUUCUUCGUACCCGGAAGGCGGAUUGGCUGCCUGGCUUGUCGUGCUUGGGAGUUUCUCUGGCAUGGUUGCGUCAUUCGGUAUGAUGAAUACUGUCGGCGUUUUCCAAAGUUACCUCAGUGAACACCAACUGAAAGACUAUGAUGAAUUCACCAUCGGCUGGAUCUUUUCCGUUUAUGUCUUUCUCUCCUUCUUCUGUGGGAUACAGAUCGGACCCGUCUUCGACGCCCACGGCCCGCGUCUAUUGAUCCUAGCUGGUAGCAUAUGUGUAUGCGCUUCGAUGCUUCUUCUUGGACUAUGCACAAAAUACUGGCACUUUAUGCUCGACUUCGGCAUCCUCGGUGGUGUAGGUACUUCGCUCAUCUUCACCCCGGCGCUCUCCGCCGUCUCCCACUUUUUCCUGCUCAAGCGCGGAAACGCUACUGGUAUCGCCGCGGCCGGUGGGUCGUUGGGUGGUAUCAUUUUCCCGCUGUCUUUACAGCGAUUGUUCCCUGCUGUGGGCUUCGCAUGGGCCACGCGUAUCAUCGGGUUCGUUUUCAUUGGACUUUGCUGUGUAGCUACAGCAUUGAUCCGGUCCCGCUUACCGCCGAAGCCUGGACAGACCGUUAUGCCCGACUUGAAGAUCUUGAGAAAUAAGAGCUAUGCGUUGUUGACGGUUGGAAUAUACUUCAUGGAAUGGGCACUUUUCGUCCCAAUCGCAUACUUGGCCUUAUUCGCAACCUCAACAGGACUCUUCGAGCCAGCCUUCUCAUACCACCUCAUCGCCAUCUUCAACGCCGGCUCCUGCAUAGGCCGCUGGGCGCCAGGCUACGUUGCCGAUAAACUCGGCCGCUUCAACAGCAUGAUCGCCGCCCUCGCCCUCUGUACAGCAACAACUCUCUCCCUCUGGCUCCCCGCUUCCCUCCUCACCCCAGACCCAACCUCCUCCUCCUCAUCACUGACCAUAAAAGCGCUCUCUGUAACCUACGCGCUCAUCUUCGGCUUCGCAUCUGGAUCAAACAUCUCGCUGACGCCUGUGUGCGUCGGCCAGCUCUGCGAUACCAACGAGUAUGGAAGGUAUUACGCGACGUGCUAUACGAUUGUGUCGUUUGGGACGUUGACGGGGAUCCCGAUUGCGGGCGCGCUGAUCCAGGCUGCGGGAGGUCGGUAUUGGGCCGUUGUGGUUUGGACUUUUGGGUGCUAUGUUAUUUCGCUUGCGGCGUUUUGUUGGAGUCGCGCGGUGAAGGUUGGGUGGAAGGUUGGGGUUCAGUUUUAG